UUUGUCCCUAUAUCCAUUAACCCUCAACUAAUUUACUAUCUUCCAUUUUAAUAGAUCAUCAUUCCAUGUGAUAUUCCAUAACUACAUGACAGGAUCAUGGUUCCAGCCUAGAGUAAGACCCCACCUCCCCAUGUGAUCUCUUUCCUUUUAUUACCCACCAUCAACGUUCCAAUUUCAUAUCACUCUUCAUUCCUCACCUACUCUCUGCAAAAAUGGCAAGGAAAAUUGUGCUCAUUCUGGUACUGACAUGCCUCUGCAUUGGGCUAGCAGCUGCUGACUGGAACAUCUUGAACCCAAUAUGGAAUAUCAAUGAAAGACAAGAUAGCUUGAAAAACUACUGUGAAAGUUGGAGGAUCAAUGUGGAGCUGAACAACAUAAGGGAGUUCGAUGUAGUGCCCCAAGAAUGCGUUGCUCACAUCAAGAAGUACAUGACUUCAUCACAGUACGAUGCUGACUGCCAGAGAGCUAUCGAGGAAGUGACACUAUACUUAAGCCGCUGUUGCUCUUUGAAAGGUGAUGGCAAAGAUGCAUGGAUUUUCGAUGUUGAUGAUACACUCAUCUCCACCAUUCCUUACUUCAAGAAACAUGGUUUUGGGGGAGAGAAGGUGAACUCAUCUUCUUUGGAGGCAUGGAUGGAAGAGAGCAAGGCACCAGCUCUCGACCACACAUUCAAGCUCUUCCAUGACAUUAAAGAUAGAGGGAUGAAAAUCUUUCUAGUCUCUUCAAGGAAAGAAACCCUUAGAUCUCCUACCGUUGAUAACCUCAUUAAUGUUGGAUACCAUGGAUGGUCUAGGCUCUUCUUAAGGGGUUUCGAAGAUGAAUACAUGCAUGUGGAACAAUACAAGUCCCAAGUGAGGAAAACAUUAAUGGAUCAAGGGUACCGCAUAUGGGGAAUCGUUGGAGAUCAAUGGAGCAGCUUAAAGGGUUUGCCAGAAGCAAAGAGAACAUUCAAGCUGCCAAAUUCCAUUUACUACAUGUCUUAACUUCAUCUGAAUAAAUUUUUAUGCACCCAUUUUCCCACCUCAUGUGCUUUUGUAUUUGCUUGCGGUUGUUUUCAGAAAUCCAAUAUAAAAUAUCAGUAAAAAUAUCUAUAUUUAUCUUCUAA